AUGGAUGGCAAAAAAAUGUGCACUUCAUGCUUCCACCUAUUGCCUCCAGAAGCCUUUAUAUACAAAAAUAAACCUUACAAAACUUGCUCAGCUUGUUUAACCGCAAAGUCCAAUAAAAGAGUGGAAAGAAAUGCUUUACCUAUUAAUAACCAAUUAGAAAGCAUGAAUAAUCAAAUAGAAAACCAAUUAGAAAAUGAAAUAGAGACAAUUACCUUUACUAACAUUAUUGAACAUAUUUCUAAUAAAGUUUCAAGUCUUGAACAAGACAAAAAAUUUUACUUCAACUUAUGUGUCAAAAUUGAUGAUGAUAUAUUGGCUAAAGUUAAUCAUGAUAUGAGACUUUUAUUCAAUGAUUUUAAAAAAGAUUGGAACCAAUCUGCUACUAACCAAAUUUCUGAUAGUGAUAAUACUCGCUACUUUAUUGAUCCUGAAUGCUGGAUAUGUAGUUGUCCCCCAUUUCUUUACUCUCGUUUUCUUAUUUGUAAGCAUUUAGUGCAACAUGCAGUUAAUAAUGUGGUGUUGCUUGACUCUCAAGGUAUUCGAUUGCUGUAUGAAAAUUUUAAACGCCAAGAAGAUUAUCCUUUUUUAAUUUGGAGUAUAAAUGGAAAACUUACACAGAAAGAUUUCAAUAUAAAGCAGUUCACAAUUUCACAAGUGAAUAUUCAAUCUUCUUUGAUUUCCCAGAAUAGCAGUUUGGUUAAAAUGGACCAAGAUGAACCUUUUGAUCCCGAAAUGUGCUGGACCUGUGAACAAAAGGUGGCUGCAAUAAAAAGUAUGGCUACCCAUCUAAAACAAGAACUUUUAGCAAAUAACUUAAACCAUGUUACUCAGGUAGUCAACAAUAUAGAUAAGUUAUUCAAUAUGCUAAAAGAUAUUGAAAUAGCACAAAAUAAAAGAAAGCGUGAUCCAACUUGGCAUGGAUCAACCCCCUGGACAUUUUUUUUGCCAUAA